CAGAAGCAAAUUAUCUGGUUUCUUUUUUGCAUCUGCAUGACUAUUUACAGUGUGUGGCUGUGUGCUGUGUUUUGCCCCUGCCAAAGACAAUCUUAGGGAUGGUGUCUUCAUAUCCUACAUGGCUGGAAUCAAUCUUAGCAGCAGCUGCCGCUGUUCAUCAUCGCAAUUCGCAAUCAAUCGUGUGAUUGUAUGGCCAUCGUCAUCUGCUGCUGCUACAUGCGUGUAUCACGUACGGCUGGCUCUGAUGGUAGGUAGGUGCCCCAAUGCCAAGGGAAACCAAACAAACUGUCACUCAUGGGGGUUAGCAGAUGAAAGGCAAAGUAUGAUGAUUGAUGUGAUUUCUUACACGGGAUCAGAUCGAUCAGAUUGCCGUCGCUUCCGUGCGAUAUCUCACAGAAAAGGAUCGCAAAGUGCCAAAGCAGCCUAAUGAAGACGAAGUUGAAGAAGAAGAUGAUGAACAAGAAGAGGAAAAGAUCUUUCCAAAGCAGCCAGCAAAAAAAGGAUUUAUAAAAAAGAAAAGAAAAGAAAAGAAAGGUAGCCAAAGGAGAAAGCAGGGGAGAAGAGAAGAAGAUGAGAUGAGCUGAGAUGCUGCAGCCACAUGAGGAAUGCUACCUUUUGUCUCCACUUGAUCAUGGAGGAGACCAAGACCAGCCAACCAAAUCACCAAUUAGUUAACUGCAUUUGCUACUAAUUGCUAGUGCUAAACAAAGGUUUGGUUAAACGGUAGCCACCAGUAAACAAAUCAGUAUGCAAAAGAGGAAUGGGGUUUUAAUAUUACCAAAGUCAGCAGGAGCGAGCCAGUAACAUCCUAGCUGGACCAGCUUCCUGGGAAUUUUUAUUUCAGCUCAAUUCUCGAUUUCUCAUUGCAUUACACACUGAUUAACCUUUUUUUUUCAUUGGGAACUCAGUACAGAACAUGGAGUACACAGUAUACAUCACCUAAAUUCUAGCAA